AUGUAUCAAUUGAAAUGGAGUCGGCAACUAGAACAAGUUGCAUUCGAAUACUUGAAGGAAUCUAAAAAAAGUAGUAAUCCAAUGGCUUCAAUAGAGUACAAAGAUCACAUCGGAUUUUAUUGGUUGGGAAACGUGUUCAAUAUACUGAGCGAUGUUGUUGGAUUUGCAGUGCCGGAAGGCAAGUUGAAGGAAAAAUUCAAGGACUUUCUAGAAGUUGUGGAAGCAAUCGUUAUGUUUAUUUGGCUUGCUCUCGCCGCUCCAAAGUCUAUUCCAAUCAAGGAAGGCGCAAUGUUUGGUCCAGCAGAAGCCAUACUUCCUUAUCGAGAGUCCAUGUUCAAAUCGGGAAUACCAUGUACUAGUUGCCCCACCCAUUGUGAGUAUUGGCAAGAGAGUGAUGGGACAAUUACUGAGGGAGAACUAUGUGUGCCUCCGAAAGAAGAACAAGUUAAUUUUGUUGCAUCAAAUAUGACAUUGACGGAUACAGUAGCAACUGAUUCCAUCACUUUCGCUUUAAUGAUCCCAUUCAUUCUUAUUCUUGCGUUCCACUCUUGGAAGUAG